UCGGCCGCGCGCCGCCUUGGCGUUCGUAUCGCGCGCUCGCGUCACGAUGGAUUGUGUUCUGUGUGACAUGUGCUUCUGAUUUGGUGUAUUAUUUUUUUUGUGACGGACCCGUUGUGUGUAAAAGCAUGAUGCCUCUCGCACCGACCCCUGUGGUGGCGGUGCCAUCGAAGCCGAAGAUAGGAUUUAGUAUAGACAGUAUAGUUGGUGGUUCGGAGCGGCCGAAGCAGGCCUCGCCGCCGCUGGCGAGUCCUGGCUCUCCUUCGCCGGUUGCGUCUCCGAGGAGUCCUUCGCCAAGACCUUUAUUGAGGCCGAGUGCGUUGCCUGCGGUGUUUCCUUCUCCUGAGUUGAAGAGGCUACCUUACUUGGACGCUCAAAGUCACCACCACCAGUUUCUGGCGCACUUCCAAGGAGCUGCUCUUGCCGCGGCUCUGGCGCACCAGCAGCAGGGCUUCGGAGGACCACUGCCACCUCAUCCGCCCCCGCACCCUGCACCACCUGUCCCCCGGGAGUCCUACACCCUGUAUCCCUGGCUCAUCAACAGGCACGGCAGGAUAUUCCCCCACAGAUUUCCUGGAGGUCCAGACAUCCCAGGGUUCCUCCUUCAGCCGUUCCGCAAGCCGAAGCGAAUUAGAACCGCCUUCUCCCCGUCACAGCUCCUGAAGUUAGAACAUGCAUUUGAGAAGAACCACUACGUCGUUAAAGUUUGGUUCCAAAAUAGAAGAACGAAACACAAACGAAUGCAACAAGAAGAGGAGGCGAAGACGGGAGGCAAGUCAGGUUCCUCGAACAUGAAGCCAGACGAUGGCAGUCAGCUCAACAACUCCUACGAGGAUGAUGACGAGGAACUUAUCGAUAUGGACAUGGACGAACUCAGUGAAAGUGAAAAUGAAACGUAAGACAGUGGACUAAGUGAUAAAAUUGUGUAAAUAUUAAUGUAAUCUAGAUGUUUAGAGUAUAGUUUUAUUUAUUUAUGAUUUUUAAGAGAUUCUAGCACUGGCGAUGUUGGUGAUGUCUGUACCUUUGUCUCAACCUACACUGACUCCAAUCACGCUUUGAAUUCACCAGAAUCAAAUGAAUUAUGUACACAUUUUAUCGUGAUUAGUACAAGCCAUGCUUUACAAAUCAGGCCCGAUAUUGUCAUUAAUAAUCUUAAUUUCAAUAAUUAAUUUUGGCACUUGGCAUGUCGCAAUCAAAUUUGCAGGUUUUAAUUAAAAUUUAUUUGAUUACCAAGGCUCGUUUAUCAACACACAACAUGAUCAAUCUUCAAAAAGUGGGCGUUGUUUGGUGUUUGCAAUAAUUUAUAUCAAUUCUAAAGCCAUUAUUGUGGCCAUAUCAUUAAAUCAACUUUAUAAAACGGUUUCAAAAUGGCUUCCCGAGUCUUGUUAGCGUCACGGCUUAUUAGAUAACAAAAUUGGCCGUAUUAUAAUAGUUUUCGGGGUUUAAAUUAAUUAAAAAUGGCUCUUUUUUGAUGUUCAUCCAGUGAUGUGGGUAUAAUUAGACAUUUUAGAUUUGAAACGUUGAUAGGCAGGGUAUGUGGUUUCUCAACGAGCGCUGUCAACGAGGAGAAGGAUAACAAUACGAGAGUUAUGGGUGUUAGAGUGAGAUAGGUGUAAUAUAGAGAUGAAGGCGAUUAUGGGUGCGUUCAGGGCCCUAUUAUUAAGAGGUGCGUUCGAAAACUAUCGCGUUCUCGAAUCGCGUUUCGUAAUUGCUCGCGACGUAACCAAAUUGUUUCUCGACUCGUUGACGAAUGUUCUCAGCCACUAUUUGUCUACGCGUUAGGAAUUUACGAUAGAGAUCUUUAUAUUGUUGAUGAUUUCUUUGACGCGUUGCCUAACUGUUUAGUUUGACUAACGACGUGUCUCGACUUUGUUUUAAUGUGUCACUUGUUUUUUAUUUCUUUUCAACUCUGAGCUUGAAUUUUUAUGGCCAUUAUCAAUUGUGAAGUCCACUUUAUUGCGAGGUGGAUGUUUUGAAUUCUUUUGAUACCGAAAAUAAUGAAUUCGCACUAAUCGUGCGUUCGCUAUUUUAUGGCGGAUUAUAGGUAAACGCUAAAAACUUUACGGUCAAUUAAUCGAUUAGCAACUUAGAUUAUGCUUAAUUAAACUUAGUAAGUACUAGCUAGGAAAAACUAUGAGUGGAUUCUCUCGACGUUUUUGAGCAAAACGAAGCUUUGGACAGAAAUGUACAGAUCGAUUCUCAUUGUAUUGUUUACUAUGUUACUUCAUAGGCUGUGGCCUUAAAACCCGAGUUUAAACGAGCGAUUAUAAGGCUAAUUUGUAUUUUCCUUUCCGUCUUUUGUUCAUAUGAUUUACGAUUACGAGUAUCGAGUUCUCGCCGAAUCGAUUUACCGAGUGAAUCGAUUUUAAAACAAACUAUUUUGUUUUUGUUCAGUAACCGUGAGGUUAUGCCAUGUUGUUACAAAAUGUAGUUUUUAAAAACAUGCUCGGGUAAUAUAUUUUUAAUUGCUUGAUAUUGUAUUGUGGAAAUUGGUUUCGAUUAAAGAUAGAGCUUUUGAUUUUACGUUAUACUACACAGAUUCAACUGGUAAAGGGUUCACAAAUAAAGAUUGAGAAAUAAAUUCUCUUUGGCAAUUCGAAUUCUUUAGUCUAAUAAAAAACAAAAAUCGAUCCUUGGAAUGCGCUAACUACCUCACUGCGCUAUUAAAAAAAAUCCGAGGCAAAGAACCAAAGCGUUUGGCUCCACGCCAUUCGUAAUUUGAAAUCUAGAUUCCAUUUUCAGCUCAAUUAACUCUUAGUCGAUUUUAAUUAUCGAUUUUAUUCAUUAAGUGUUUGCGAUUAGCGGGCAUGUCGAUAUUUUACGAUGUAUUCUUUCGUAAAAGUUCGUUUUUAAUUACAUUUCCAUUCAUUGCUUUUAAUUCGCUGAUUAUGUGACAUUAUAAGGUUUAUUGGAGUCAUUGGAUGUUGAGAUAAGGCUGUACCUUUUUCGAAUUGACUUAGACAAGAGAAUUUUGAGUGAUACCGGUGAUUUUUGACUUAUGGUUGUAGAAAACCGGACCGAUUUUAACGAAUGAUCAUCAAAAAUAUAGUCAAACUAACCUUGUCUCAAUAAUUAUGUACUUAUUUUAAGUUAAAGAAUUUAAUAGUUUAUUAUUUAUGUUACGUUCGGAUUUUUUGACUGUUUUGUUGAAAUCGGUCCUGUCUACUUACAUUUAUAGCUCAAAAUUGAGUAGCAAUACACAUGAAAGUAAUUUUGCGUACAAUAUAAAGUUAACGAUUCGCUCAAAUAUAGUAGUUUUAUUAAGCCAGUUCCUUUAGAGUAAUAUGUUAUGUGAAUAAAAAUAUCUAACAACUCUAUGCAGUAUUAUAAUAAUUCUACACCCUGACGAUGGUUUUCGACUGAGUGACGUGGACGUCAGUUUGUAAACUCGUGUGACGUCAGAAUGUAAAGCGUUAUUAGAGAUUAAAAAUUAAAUGUUGAUAAUAAAUAGAAUGUCUAAAUAUUUAUUCUGAUUUUAUUUUCUUAAUGUUUUAGAUUUGGUGUUCAGUAAAAUGGAACGA